UCUGCUUUGCGUCAAGCGACACGCCAACGCCGAUAGUUAUUCUUCUGACAUAUCUGCUGGCAUCUGCUUUACAGAAUAAAUAUAUCUCAACGUACGGAUCUUGUUUUGCGAGAUGUCGAAGAAAUGCAAAUUGCCUUGGAUACAUUUAUAGAAAAGGCGAAGCGCACGAAAUUCAAAUAUAAGGCAGAAAUAGAAGAAUCGACGAUCCGCGGUGAAGAGAUAAAAGAUGCUAGAGAACUAUUCGAACAGAGUAUCGUUAUUGACGCAGUUGAUCCAAUAACUCAAAGGAUUCCAGCAGAAAAGUUUGUCUGGUACAUGCAAGAUUGGUUGAAAAACGCUCGAUUAAUAACGGAGAAGCUGCGUCUGCGAAAUAACAGCUUGAAAAUUCAAUACAACAAAUUAAAAGCUUUGCUGACGCAAAAAAUCGAGCUGGGUGAGAGUAUCCACGAGGUGGAUUUCGAGCAGCUGAGGAUCGAAAAUAAGCAUCUAAUUGAGAAGAUUGAGCAGAAAAACACACACCUCAUAGAACUGAAAAAAAUCAAUGGUAAGGCUAACUUGAACUUGGCAACGCACAAAAAUUACUUGCAGAAGAUAUUGGAGGGACUGAAGACAAUAAAAAAUGCAAUCGACGAAAGCCAAUUGCAGACUCGCAUCCAUGAACAGGAAACAGAAGAGGCGAAGAAGGAACUUAAUGAAGCUAUUACCAAAUAUAAUGAUGUAAAAGAUCUUAUUGAUCAUUACAAGGUACCAGAAGUUUUCGAUUACGUAAAGGUCAAAGGGAGACUGUAUGAUCUAAAGAAGUCAUUAAAAAUUUUAUCUCGUCGAAUAAAUAUAACGAAGAUAAUUUUAAACACGAAUACAAAGAAAAUGAUGAAACUCACUAGAGAGAAACGUCCACUUCCAAAUUGGUUUAAGGAACAAGAUGAAACUGAUGAUUAUGAUGACUUGUACGACGAAGAUGAUUAUAUUUAUUCCAAUCCAAAAGAUAUUUUAUCAAAAGAUAACCGAGUUUCUAGUGAAUUCGAUAUCUUCAAGGCAUUAAAGUGAUGCUCCAAUUACUUUAUUUAUAAAAUACAUAAAUAUAUUUUCCA